CCAAAAAGCACAGAAAACCCAACGCGCGACGACCCUGUUGCACCGCCCAAGCCCGGCGCAAAGCAAGGAUUUUGUUUCGUCCCGCCAGCAGCGGCCGGCAGCGUUCAUCCACCGAUUUUAUCUUUCGUCUACCAGCUCUCUUCUCAUCAAAAAUCAAAGGAGCCGAAGCAAAUCAUAACAAAUCCAGAAGAUAUCCGCUGCUGCUUCACGUCUCUCUAUCGUUCUGUGUGGCUGCUUUAACGAAGAGUGGCAACAAUAGAAAGGGAGUUCUAACAGGACGACUACCAACUCACACACGCAACACAAAAACUCCGGCAUACGCACACGCAACACACACGCAACACACGCAGUCUCGUCCUUGGGAGCCUCUCUCUCACACACGAACCGCAGAAGCACUGCUCUAUUACUACGACCUCCACCACCACCGACGAGCAGCUCAAAACCUGGUCCGUCCAGCUCCGCCGGCGUGAUUGGGCUCCCGUAGUUUGCUGAUCUCAGUUGCGCCUCGUCUCACGGGCUAACUAGCGAAUUCACACCAUUUUUGCUCUGGCUUCUCCUUGCAACGAACCGAAGCCUGCAGAGCCUAGUCACACGUCUUGCGCCAGAUCUGCUUUUUCCCGCGCCAAACCAGUCUGUCCGCGCUGGACGCUCGCCUCCUUUCCCACACCCGUGGUUCAGCAUCCGCUCACCCUCCCGCUCCGAAACUGACCUAUUAACGGCAGCCGUCGCUGUUUUCCUGCACAGUCUUCGUCACUUUUAUUCUCUCGCUCGCCCCCUCCACUGAAAACCCCCUUCAGCUCGCUCGCACUCCCGACUGCAACCUCUUCGCCUAUCCUGGCACCGGUCGCUCCGCUGCUGCACUAUUGACUGGCCCAAAUUAAUCCCAACCGCAGUCGGCCUCUUUGAUCAGCCUCGCGGGUCCACCCGUCCUCUUGUGUCACCCAUUCACACCGGAACCUCAUUCUUGACAUUCUCACAACAUUUCCUCUGCCUCGUUUUCGCACAACGUGAGCAGAUGACGCUGGCUCUUUUUAAAUUACUACCAUACUAAGGCGGAGAACACGGUUUGGCGAUACAGGCCUCGAUCAGCCUGCUCAUUCCCCAAAUGUACCCUCACCGUCCACCAAGCCAAGACCAGAGCAACCCGGCCUACUAUCCUCCAGCACCUCCUCCAGCUUCCACGCAGGCGCAGGCACCGCAUCAGCCUAACGGCACUGCAUAUCCUCCAUCUUCCAUUCCGCCUCCUCAACAACAACCUCUGCCUUCAAUCUCCGAGUACUCUCGUCCCGAGAUGGCUGUACAUCAUGCUCCUCCUCCGCCUCCUCCCCCACCACCACCUGCUGCUGCCGCCGCCGCUGGAGCAUAUCCUCCGCCAGCUUACCCCCCGGCUCCUCCAGCCCACUAUCCGUAUCGACCAACGCACGAUCCCUACAGAGCUCCUCAGCAAGCUUAUCACCCAUAUCCUCCCCAACAUCAACCUGCGCCGAGGCAGCGCACGGCUAUCGCGUGUCGUUAUUGUAGGAGAAGAAAGAUUCGUUGCUCCGGAUUCGACCAGUCCGAGGAUGGACGUUGCGCCAACUGUCAAAGAUUCUCACAAGAAUGUGUUUUCACGCCCGUGUCGGCUCAAGCGCAAGCAUUUGUGCCAGCUCAUGCUGUCUACGGUCGCGGUCAUCCACCUCCUACCCAGCAGCUGUAUGGUGCGUACGGUCAACCACUCCCGCCUCCGCAGCCGGGUCAGCAUGACCCGUAUGCUGCAUCUCGACCUCCUGGCUACACCUUACCGAGCCCAACCGGUGGUCACUACCCACCACCUCCACCGCAUUAUCCGCAUGCGCAGCCAGCGGGCCCUCCCCCACCUUCUGGACACUACCCACCUCAUGAGGUUAGCAAUGGUGUGAACGGUACUCACAAACCGCGCACCAAUGGCGAACCACAUACACCCACCCUCCCACCUCCGAACCCGGCUACUGCUCCCGGUGCGCCCGCAGAGUAUCGCUAUCCUGACCCGAACACGGUGGGAGCCGCACCGGUAUCCCCUGCCUCAAGUACUUCGCACCAGUCAGCUCCACAGCCCUACUAUCCAGGCCAGGCACCACGCCGAACUCCGCCCCAGACUGUCUCGCCCUACACACAGGACGGACGAUCGUCAGCCUCCCCGAACACCCAGCCCCAGGCUUAUCCACCGUAUCCGGCGGAUACAACCCUCAAGCCACCGAGCAAUUUAACUGACGGUCGAACUCCCCCGCCAGUUUCCACAUCAGCUCAGACGGGUCAGACCGUAGCAGCUCCGACCAAUACGGGAGGAGUGCGUCCAGGUUUGAGCAUCAGCAGCAUCGUGAGCGGCGAAGGCGGUGCUGGCGGUCGCAGCCAAGAAGAUCGUGACAUGUUGAAGCGCCUCGGCUAGGGCAGGUAUGACUGCGAGCGCGUGAUUUGCCGCGUGAGCGGGGGCCAGAGCUGGCUUCUGUCUGCACCCACUCUCGUUUGAAUCCGCUGGAAAGCACGACUCACCGUCCUAAAAGGCUUCGUCAAUUCCCAACUCGAGCUUUCGGCCUGCCCUUUUCUUCUUACCUUUUUUUUUUCCCUCUUGUCGUCCAAUAUACACCUGGGAGGUAAUCUGCAGCGAUCAUUCUAUGUCUCUUACAACAGAUCUUUGAUUCCCUUAGGCGCACGGAUGUCCAACGAAAUACGUCAACAAUCAUUCGUCGCUUCAGUAUAUGCGAUACAUUUCGCCACCUUCAUGCUUUGGAGAAGGGGCCUGUACGCAGCAAAGAUUUUUACUAUUUUCUUCACUAGAUCGACGUGGCCUCGCGGUCAAAAGCCUUUUCUGACUUUGGAACGGAAUCCUGCGCUUUUACUGCCUUAACCGUGGAUUUUUCUCUGCCAAUUUGCAGCGAGCCUUAGAGCUCGCCCGUUCUUUUCUCUUAUCUGUUCUACUUUCAGUCCGCGUUAUAUUUAUGGGUCUACGUGCAUCAUGUAAACGUCGAGUUGAGAGCUCGAUGUAAGGGUAAAUUUGGGUCGGUUGUCUGAAUAAUUCAAAUACGCGUUCAUCGCGACAGCUGAUGAUACCCCAAUGGGUGGCAGACGUGUGUUUGAGCGCAAAGGCAUUGGGGAAUCGUGUGUGAUAUCAGAGACGGAUUCAAGCGUUGGGCAAUAUGGAUUAUAAAGGUUCGCUUUUGUUCACCUCCACAGUAUCGUCUACUUGGCAAGCAGUGCGUCAAUGCAAUUGUUUCGUGUUCACA